UUGUAACCCUGCGGAAAUAUCGGCCACGAACCUGUGGCCCAGCAGACUUUCCAUCCUCACUGCUGCGGAGGCGUUGAAGGCGAUCAAUUAUGACGGGCGCAGCGUCUUUGGAAAAGCUGCUGUUCCAUGCGAUUCGUUCUUCGCCCCGGCUUCCACUUACGUCAUUGAGAGGCUCUUCACGGAUCCGCCGUGUCCACUCCACCACAGGCAAUUGCGCGCCGAGCACAUCUUUGAGCAUUCGCUGGACGGCAUGUAGGCAGGGGCGCCUCUCGCAGGCCCGUUCCUGCUUUCCUUCCUCCCAGCCCCCUGCCCUCGUCCACAGCCGGAGGACAUUUUCUUCGUCGCCUGUCCCGCUCCACGGCCAUCUGACCCCUCCAAAGCCCGGCCAAGAACGCAAGGUCACCUUCAUAGACAAAGAAGGCCAGUCGCACACGCUUGAAGUUUCUGACGGCGACAACCUCCUCGACAUCGCACAAGCAAACGACCUGGAAAUGGAAGGUGCGUGUGGCGGUUCCUGUGCCUGCUCCACCUGCCACGUUAUAGUUGAAUCCGAUCACUAUGACCUCAUGACCGAGCCCGACGACGAUGAGAAUGACAUGCUCGAUUUGGCUUUUGGGUUGACUGAGACGAGUAGAUUAGGGUGUCAGGUGAAAAUGGCGAAGGAGUUGGACGGCUUGGUCGUACGGCUGCCGAGCAUGACCAGGAAUAUGCAAGCUAGUGACUUUGAGAGCAAAUGAGGGUAAGCGUGUUGAUGUUGUUUAACGCCGGGUGCAUGCUGAGAACGAUGAAGUGCGAACAUCUCAAUGCUGUUUCGGUGGCAUUUUGUAUGAUAUGGGACAAUCUCCACGGAGGUGUGGGUCGGCGCAA